CUCUUCCCUGUCCUGUGUCUGUGUGGGAGCCGGAGGCGGAGACGGAGCCGGCCCCGGAGGCGGAGCAGCCGGCCCUAAGAGGAGGACAAGGAGGAGGCUUCUGCCUGUUCUCGCCGCUCUUCGUCCUCGGAUCCGAUCUAUUCAUCUGCGACUCGGGCCACCUCUAGGGUUCGUCCAAUCCAGUGUCCCCGCGGAGGCAGAAAAACCAGUGCAAUCCGCAUGGCCGGCUGGGCUGAUUCCGGCAGCAGCCGGGGACGAGGAGGAGGAGGAGGCGGCGGGUUUGCCAACCGCGGUGGCGCCAACAACAUGAACACCAGGUGGAGAGCCAGGACGCCGGCACAGCACCAGCAGCAACAGAACGAGCAACAACAGCACCAGCAGCAAUAUCAACAGCACCAACAUCAACAACAGCAGCAGCACCACCAGCAUCAACAACACCACCAGCAGCAGCAGCAACCGCGUCACUACCGCCCUGUCAACGACAAUGACCAAUCUUCGCAGCACCGGCACCACCUGGCCGCGGGAGGGCCGUAUCCAGGUCAUCACCGCAGGCAGCGGAGCUUCUCCACCUCCACCAGCCACCCGCAAGCAACUCAUCCACCGCAAACCCAUCCCACCCCCACAGACCACAAGUCUCCUGCCCCGGCCACCAACGCCAGUGCCAAUGCAAUCGCCAGCGAACCCGACGACAAGGCUAGGCGCAACGCCGCCAAUUUCGAGUGCAACGUCUGCUUUGACAUGGCCGACGACCCCGUCGUCACCAAGUGCGGCCAUCUCUUCUGCUGGGAGUGCCUCUACCAGUGGCUCCACGUGCACUCGCACCACCGCGAGUGCCCUGUCUGCAAGGGCGAGGUCGCCGACGAUGCCAUUAUUCCCAUCUAUGGGCGCGGAGGCUCUGCGGCCUCUGUUCAUACCGCGCCACCAAGGCCCACUGGGGCCAGAGUUGAGAGCUCCAGGCAGCAGCAGCAGCAGGCUGCUCUGGACUGGCAUAUGGCCCAUGACGACGAGGAUGGCAACCCCAUGGAUGAUCUCCAACGUCUCUUUGGGGUUAGCUUUCUGAGAGAUGCUAUGAUGAGUCUCAUGCCCGGUGAUGACGCGGACAUGGAAGACUACACUAAUCCCUACCACCAUCCCGACCUCUUUGAUGACCCCUAUAAUGUAACGGACUUUCAGUCGUUUGUCGCUGCUGGUGCUGGCUCUUCAAGGGGACAUGGUCGUCAUGAUGUUAGUGCUGAUGACAUAAUUGGAACAUUCUUUGACUACACCACCCCUCAGGAGCCAGGUUUUGUGUAUCGUGGUGGUCGCCGUCAGCGUGGAAGAGCAAGAGGAGCAGCAUCUGCAGAUCAUUCCGGCUUCGCUGAAAUGAUGGGGGGUAGCUGGUCGAUGGGGGGCAGCAGCAGCAGCGCAUCUUACCGUGAUACUGGUGCCAGUGGUCCUCAUGUUAAUAAUAGUGCAGGUGGUUCCUCUCGGCCUAAUGGUGGAUGGACCGAGAGGAGAGGAAGAAGCAACCGGAAUUCGUAUUCAGGUGGUGGUGGAAGAGGGACCCAGAACAAUGGCAGGAGACAGGGAGCAAAUUACAAUUGAUCUUGGCCCGACUUGAUGAUGACCGUGGUGAUCAGAAUAAACAGAGCUUUGAAUUCUUCUUCCUUCCGGCCUAAUGGUGGAUGGACGAAGAGAAGAGGAAGAAGCAACCAGAAUUCUAAUUCAGUUGGUGGAAGAGAGGAUGCAGAACAGCAGGAGACAAGGAAGAACGGGGCUACAUUUGCUCUUGUUCCUGGCCUGGUGAUAGUGGCAACCAAAUAAGUUCAGCUUUGAAUUCAUCUUUCUUCCUCUUCUUUUUCUUUCUUUGCUUUUCCUCUUUAUUUUGACUUUGGUGAACGUUUCUCUCGGUUGAUGCAAUGCAAUUGACAAUACAUGUGGUUAUAUA